AUGGAAUCUGCCAACCAAAGUCUGGUAAAAGCAUUUGUCAUUUUGGGUUUUCCUGCUUCUCUAGAGGUCCGUAUGUUGUUUUUUGCUCUGUUUUUGGCCACCUAUGUCCUCACUGUCACUGCCAAUGUUGUGAUCAUAUCAGUCAUUAAGAUGAACCGUCCACUACAACGCCCCAUGUAUUAUUUUCUUGGCAAUUUCUCCUUCAUGGAGAUCUGGUAUACGACCUCCACAGUACCCAAAAUGCUGGAAAGUUUCCUGGUUGGUGGAAGUAGCAUCAGCGUGGCAGGUUGUAUUGUGCAGCUCUACCUCUUCUUCUCCCUGGGCUCUACUGAAUGCUUCCUUCUGGCCACUAUGGCUUAUGACCGCUACCUGGCCAUCUGCCAUCCUCUUCAUUAUCCAACCUUUAUGACUCUACAUCUAACUAUUUGGCUGGCGACAGCAGCCUGGGUCUGUGGAUUCCUGGCUCCAUUGCUUCCCAUCCUCCUCAUAUCGCAGCUCUCCUUCUGUGGGCCUAAGGAGAUCCAUCAUUUCUUUUGUGAUGCUGGGCCUCUGCUGAGGAGAUCAUGCGGAAAUGCCUUUCUCAGUUCUACACUGGUCUCUGUGUUGGCCUCCGUGGUCAUCCUGAGCACGUGUCUGCUAACCAUGGUUUCCUACAUUUUUAUCAUUUCAACCAUUCUCCACAUCCCUUCAGCCACUGGGAGGCAGAAAGCCUUUUCCACCUGUGGAUCACACCUUGCUGUGGUGGUGAUUUAUUAUGCCACAGUGAUCUUUAUCUAUGUACGGCCCAUCUCUCCUUCUGUUUCGAAUCUGGAUACAGUGGCAUCGGUCUUUUAUGCUGUAGUGACUCCACUGCUUAAUCCAAUGAUUUAUAGUUUAAGGAACAAGGAGGUGAAGGAUGCCCUUAAAAGGUUGGUGAGAAAGAAUAAGGUGCUAAGGAUAUUGGAUCAUUGA